UUGACAACACUUAAACAACACUGGAACAAAGAAUUCAAAAUCGUGUACUCCCGGCUUCAACUAAUUAAUUUCUUAAUGAUAAAUAUUUAAUACUCCAUUGAACAGUGAUGUAUAUAUUUCACCCCAUAGUCAUAUAGGAUAAACAACGAUUUGAAAAUAAUAUUACACGUACCGUUUAAAGUGAAAUUAAUUUUAAAUUGGAAUCCUAACCCAAAAUUAGGCAGGAGGAGCCUGUAGCGAAAAAAUAUAAAUUUCUAUACCCCGGCGAACUAGGACUUGUGAUGUUUGGUGUGUCAUCGCUGCUUAUUGCAUAGAUCUUAGACACUGUGGAGAGUGAUGUGAUGUGAAAGUAGAAACUCGUUUCUUUGUAGAAUAUAGAGUAUUUUUUUAUUUUGUGCGACAAAAAAUAUUUUAGUGCUGUUUAAAUAUUUUAUUGUGAUUAUUGUUUAAUUCGUGUGCAGCUGGACAUUUACCUAAGAACUUCCAGCUGAACAUCUAUCUGCGUAGUCCGAGCCUAAAAAAAGGGGAAAAAAUGAAGGGAAGAGUCAUGUCGGCGUAAAUUUUGCGUGUUAUAGUGAAGAAAUGAGUACAUCCACAAACUGCGAGCUUUGUGGGGCAAGUGAUCGUGUUCUCCGAUGCUCACGGUGCAGAAGUGUUUACUAUUGCUCGAAGGAUCAUCAAACCAAGCACUGGAAAAAGCAUAAGACAUUUUGUCUUCAAAACAGCGCUGUCAAUUCAGGAGCUGCGAUACAUCAAGGAAUAAUUUCAUCGCCGAAUGCAGAAAUCCCUCGCAGUGGAAUUGGAAACUGGGCACGGGAGAGUAGAGAAGAUCAUUCAUUGGCAGGCUGGAACACAAGUCCUAUUACGUACGAAGGUAGCUCGGAAACCGAAAUUCUUAGUGCCAGAACUGAAAUUUUAAGCCCUACAUUCGAUUUUGAAGACUCCUCUUCAAGUAAUUCUGUGGAUAACAGUUUAGCCAGUGUAACUAAUAUGCCAGUUCAAGACGCGGGGUAUGCAGCUUCAACAAAUACUAAUGGAUAUAGGUCUUUUCCGGAAGUCAGUUUAACUGACGGUCCACCGUUUCUUCAUAGAACAAAUAGAGAUCAACAGGGAAUCCUCGAGGAGGUGUCGCGAAAUGUUAUAAGAGACAUGGAUGCUUACGGUGUGUGUGUUGUGGACAAUUUUUUGGGAGAGGAGCUAGGAAUGGCAGUCUUGUCAGAAGUUAUUGGUAUGUAUAGUUCAGGAAUGUUUAAGGAUGGUCAGCUAGUUAGUAACAAAGGUAAAAAUGACUUAAAAACUAUUCGUGGAGACCAGAUAACUUGGAUUGAUGGCAAAGAAAGCUCCUGCAAAAACAUAGGAACUCUUAUAAGUAAAGUUGAUGCUGUUAUAAUGCUCGCAAAUAAAAUGAGCAAUAACGGGAAGAUGGGUCAUUACGUUAUCAACGGGAGAACAAAGGCAAUGGUUGCUUGUUACCCUGGUUAUGGUUCACGUUAUGUAAAACAUGUGGACAACCCUAACCGAGAUGGCAGAUGUGUUACUGCAAUAUAUUAUCUUAAUCGUGACUGGAAUGUGAAGGAAAACGGAGGCCUUUUACGAAUCUUCCCUUUUGGAUGGCAAGACAAAGUAGCAGAUAUAGAACCACUCUUUGACAGAAUUCUUUUUUUCUGGUCUGAUAGGCGUAACCCUCACGAAGUUCAGCCAGCAUACAAGACAAGAUAUGCUAUUACACUGUGGUAUUUUGAUGCAAAUGAAAGAGAAGAAGCCUGCAGAAGAUAUCAGAAAGAAAGAGACCAUAGUCGACAGGUGACAAGCAACUGAUGCUAAGUGGUUGUGAGUCAGAAUCCAACAAAUCAGUAUGCUUCAUAAACUUUACCUUUUGAUGUGCAGGAUGUAUAAAAUCAAGUAUUGUUGCAUGUGAGAGUGUACUCAAUACCCCUGCUCAUGUUUAUGUGCAGAAGGUUUAUCUACUAAAAAACAAUUAGAAUUGUUCACAGUGGUGCAGUGCUGCCUGGAAGUCAUUGAGUGGAGUCUUCUUGUAUUGUUGUUAAAAUUGUAAUUUAUGUAACAGUACUUGUAACAUACUACGUAUCACAAUCAACGAAGUGAUAUUUUUUAAUACCAAAUACCUGUGUAAAUUAUUUAGAAAUUCUUGGAAUCAAAAUAUUAGUGUUUUGUAAAGAAAAAGGUCACCUUUUAAAAUUAUGUAAAUAUAUUUACAGCUUUGUGACAUUUAUGUAAGAUAAAUAUUGUAAUUAUAUGUAAUAUACAAACAAUACAAUAACUAUUAUCAGUCAUUUGGAA